AUGUGUGGAUGGAGAGGUGACCGAAGUUGUGGUUUUCACUUCUUGUUGGAUCUGAGAACUUGUUCACCUUUCUCUCUCUUUUUAAGAAACAAAACAAUAACACGUAUAAACAUCAUUAAUUCUACAUAGCUUUCUCUUUUUUAUUUUCGAAAAACAUUUUGCUUCUUUCUCGAACCUCCCUCCCAGCAUCCUCCUUCCUCUGCUCGAUCUUCUGUCUCCUCCGCGUAUCUUUUACGUCCUUCCAUUUUCAACAUUUUCUCUUUCUCUCCCUCUAUAGCUUGCUCUCGAGGUUCCUAGAUUGAAGAUCACGGAUUUAGAAGCACUGUGUUUGGCGGUGAAUGGAAAGAAAGAGCAAGCUUCAAUAAGAGAUCAUUUGUUUUUGUUUUUUUUUUUUUGUUUUUUGAAUUGAAUUUUCAGUAGCAGAGCUUGUGUUAUUGUUGUUGUUGUUGUUAUUUUAUUUGUUGUUGAGAUGCUGUAUUUGAAGCAGCCUAGCUCUAUUAUAUGUAAAGGCUGUGAUCAUUGGGGAUAAAUUUAUAAAGAAUUCACCAGCUGGUGAAUGCCUUUGUGAUAACUUCCCUGAGCCGGCGGCUCGGGGGAGAUCUGAACUGUAAGUUUUGAGAUAUUUUAGAGAGCGUCCAGCGAUGGCGCUAUCGGAGAAUGGGACCUCCUCUCAGUCGCUUUGUAUGCAAAAAUUCAGGCUUUAUGAGACGCGAUCGAUGUUUUACAUGAUAGGAAGAGACAAGGACAGAACAUAUUGGAGAGUGCUAAAGAUUGAACGAUCAGAUCCUUCGGAGCUAAACAUUCGUGAAGACUCUACCACAUAUACUGAAGUUCAAUGUUCUGAGUUGCUGAGACGCAUACAUGAAGGGAACUUAUCGACUGGUGGAAUGAAAUUUGUCACCACUUGUUAUGGAAUUGUUGGAUUUGUAAAGUUUCUGGGCCCUUACUACAUGCUGCUUAUCACGAAAAGAAGGCUGAUUGGUGCAAUUUGUGGCCAUAGUGUGUAUGCUGUUUCCAAGACUGAGAUGAUUCCUCUUCCAAAUUCAAAUGUUCAGUGCAGUAUCACUGAUUCUAGGAAUGAGAACAGAUACAAGAAGCUUUUGUGCACGGUGGAUCUUUCAAAGGACUUCUUUUUCAGCUACUCAUAUCAUGUUAUGUGUAGUCUUCAAAAGAACUUAUAUGAUACUCAGACAGGGCAGGUCCUCUAUGAAACCAUGUUUGUUUGGAAUGAGUUUUUGACCCGGGGAAUCCGGAACCACCUCCAGAAUACUAUGUGGACGGUUGCAUUGGUGCACGGCUUCUUUAAACAGGACACACUUUCUGUAUCUGGACGUGAUUUUAAACUUACUCUCAUUGCAAGACGUUCUCGACAUUAUGCUGGUACCAGGUAUUUGAAACGAGGCGUGAAUGAGAAAGGUAGAGUAGCUAAUGAUGUUGAGACAGAGCAGAUUGUGUUUGAAGAUGUCCCUGAAGGUUUUCCUCUGCAAAUAAGUUCUGUUGUCCAGAACCGUGGUUCCAUCCCGCUUUUUUGGUCACAGGAAACCUCACGUUCAAAUAUUAAACCAGAUAUUAUAUUGUCAAAGAAGGACCAAAACUAUGAAGCCACCAGACUUCAUUUCGAAAAUCUUGUCAAGAGAUAUGGCAACCCUAUAAUUAUUUUAAUUUGAUUAAGGUAAACACAAGAAAAGAAGCCUCGGGAAUCAAUUCUUCGUCAAGAGUUUGCUAAUGCAAUUGAUUUUAUUAACAAAGAUUUAUCAGAGGAAAAUUGCCUGAGGUUUCUUCAUUGGGAUCUACAUAAACAUUCUCAAAGCAGAGCAACAAAUGUUUUGCUAUUUCUGGGCGAAGUGGCUGCAUGUGCACUGACAUUAACAGGGUUCUUUUAUUGUCGAGUAUCGCCUGCCCUGAGGCCCAAUGAAUGCAUAAACUGGCCUUCUUCUGAGAAUGUGAACAACGGCAACUUCUCUCCCCACAAUGAUUGUGAAAAUGAUAAUGAAGAUUCACAUAGCUUAGAGAGGAAUCAUGGUGGUGGUAAUGGUGUUGCUAAUGGAAAUCAUCCUAUUAAGCCUCCCAAGUUACAGAGGGGCGUGCUGAGGACCAAUUGCAUAGACUGCCUCGACCGUACAAAUGUUGCUCAGUAUGCGUAUGGGCUGGCUGCUCUUGGACAACAGCUUCAUGCUCUAGGGGUUACAGAUAAUCCUAAGAUUGACCUGGAUACUCCAUUGGCAAAUGAUUUGAUGGGAUUUUAUGAGAGGAUGGGUGACACACUGGCACACCAAUAUGGUGGCUCAGCAGCUCACAAUAAGAUAUUCUCUGAGAGAAGAGGCCAGUGGAAAGCUGCUAUCCAGUCUCAGGAGUUCUUCAGAACUCUUCAACGGUAUUAUAGCAAUGCAUACAUGGAUGCAGAGAAACAGGAUGCGAUUAAUGUAUUUCUUGGCCACUUCCAGCCACAAAAGGGUAAACCUGCAGUCUGGGAGCUGGAUUCAGACCAAAAUUAUAGAAUGAGAAGAAAUGGGCAAACAAAUGUUGAUGAUGAUGCAAGGGCAAUUUUCAAGAGAUCGUAUUCAGAUGGAAACAUUCUUCGUGAAACUGGUUCACCCAUGUCUGCCACAAAUGUCAAGCAGGAGAAAUUUUGCAAUUCAGGUUUCCCCAAUCAAUUGCAGGGAGAAAGCAAUUGUCUUUCAGAGUCAUCACCUGAGAUAUCAACUUCUGAAAGUGAUAUGGCCUUUUCAAGGUAUACUCCCUCAAUGCCUCGCAAGCAGCUGUUUGGAGAUGUCCAAAGAGACCAAUACCUUGAAAGUGAUCAUAUAUACUUCUCUGAAAAUGGAGAUGCAUCCAGUUUCUCAAACUUUGUUGAUCUAGACAAGCUAUCAUCCUUUGCAAAUUCAUGCAAGGAAGAGCCAUAUGAAAGGUCAACACCAAUUGGUGGGCUAUCGUUAGAGAAUGUUGUGAAUGGAGAAAUUGGAGAUUCCACCACUUCCACCAGUGAAUGUGGAUCCAGCAUGCAGGGAAGGGAGCAGACUGGAACAGAACUAGAGCUAUGCUAUGGUGAUGCACAGGAUUCCAACGUUCUUGAAGACUAUUCUGAUAGCUUUGUACGCUGGGUAACUUCUGGAGAAACUUUGUGCCAUUGACAGAGAGCAGCUUAACAGACAUAGUAGGGUCGAGGAGAAAGAAAAAGCCGUUUUAUUUAGGAUGGCAAGUAUCCUUAUGUCCAAUGUGUUGUACGAUUCACAGCGUUGAUUCCAUCCCAUCCAAAAAAGCUCAACCGGAACUGAUAUCAAAUUACAAAGAGAGUAAAUAGCAACGGUAGAAAUUCUUUUUGGAGCUCAUAAUUUUCUUAUUCUGUCUGCUUAUGGACUUUGUCAGCGUCGAUGUCACUCUGUACAUAUGUACACGGCUGGCUCUGCGAGAGCUCCGCUGUCAUUAAUUCUUUAAUUUUGUUCAUGUUUAUCAGUUGUCCGUGCUGAAUUACUAACAUGCAAGGAAAAAUAUAUUGGAAGAAAGACCAACAAUAAUAGGACCCAUGUCAAAGUCUUAAAUCCA